AUGAAAUCAUACACCAUUCUAAGCGUGGUCUUGCUUGUGCCAGGUUUGGCCUCUGCGGCGAUCUGUAACAACAACUGUGGCCGCGCGGUUGCGGGUACAGCCAGAAAGAACCCUCCUUUUGCUUCCAGGUCAUCUCUUUGUGCAGCGUUCGUGACGGCUGCGGUUCAACCGAUUAUCGGCAGAAAUGUACAUGUUCGCCGCCAGGACGCCCCUGAACCCGUAAUCACGGGUAUCAAGCCUGCCUACGCCAGCUCUUGCCCAGAUGUCACAGCCUAUUGGUCUGCGUGCCAAUGUAUCGAAGGCAUCACGGCCACUGCCAUCACGGUUUCGGGUACCCGAACCACGCCCGUCACCAGCGCUUCUGUUACAGCUAUUCUCUCUCCUAGUACCACAGGCUCUGCGGAGGAAUUAAUCCUUCCUAGCAGCUCUGAGUCUUCUACCAUCUCAGAUGACUCAGAGACAGCCACCGUGGAGCCUUCUGAUGCUACCACAUUGGAGCCAUCCCAUACUUCGGAUACCUCCGACACGGUCACUCAAAAUCCCACCAGCUUCAUCACAUCUGAACCGGCCGGUUCCACAUCAACCGAUGUUCUGAUCUCGAAAACAAGCAGCUCAUCCGCCCCCGGCUUGCCGCUUUGCACGCCAGGUCUUGAGUUCGCCAUCUACACCUUUGAGCCACGCUCUCCAGAGUGCCGAGGGGUGUUGUACACGUCUCCAUCUCGCGCCAUCGACCUUGGAGAACUUCUCAUGGGCCGCACUCCCGACUCCACUGGCUUAACACCUGGCUAUGGCACAAUCGGCUUGCGACGAAGCAGUGCUCAGGCCUCUGGUCCCGUCGAGUACAACGGCGUCCGGGGCCCGGAAAACUCCACCUUUGAGUGCAACGUGAUUCAACACCGCGGUUAUAUCCAGGUCACCGCCCCUGGCACCUACAGCGUUAUUCCCGAAACUUCUGACGAUGUCAUUCUCAUUUGGGUUGGUAACAAUGCUCGAACUGGCCAGUUUUCUGCUAGCAACAGCAACAAAUCUGGCCGCUGUUGCAGCACGCCGAGCCCAUACAACUUUACCGUAGAGCCAUUUGAUGGGCUGUUCGAGUACAUCCCUUACCGAAUCUUCUACGCCAACGCGGCUGGCCCUGGUGGUUUUGGAGUGAGGGUGGCGGGCCUCGGGGACAUCAUUGACCCGUUCGUCGUUGCGAACUGCACUGGAGAGGGCAAUCCUGCUCCUGGCUUUUCUGCAUGGCAGAUUGAGGACUACGGUUCGAACUGA